CAGAUCACAUGGCAGCCUUGGGCGCCCCUGGGUGAUGGUCUCCGACUUCAGUAUACCGGAGGAUCGGUCAUCUCCCAGUAUAGGGUCCUGCUCGAAGGGCCGGUUGGUAGGGUAUGGUUCCUGGGGGAACGCUUUCUGCGCCAGGUAUGGGGGUAUCUUUCUCAGGAUCUUCCCGCAGUACCCCCAGCCAGUAUGCGGACUGCUGACAGACUUUCUUACUCGGAGGUAGUCGGCGCCAUGCUGGGUAGUGAUGCUUUACUACAUAUUGAGGAGGGGGACUACGCCACUUACCGUCACAUAUAUUUGAUGCCUCCAUUGACCGGAGCUCGUAUUCCGAUGAUGAGGCCUGCCGGUAUGUCAUCCUCGGGCCAGGCUCGGGCUUGGGCUGCAGACGCUCCUUCUACUAGCAGGGCUGGUACAUCUAGAGGUGGGAGUAGACCGGUUCCUCCGGUUCCAUCGACUUAUCCUCAUCCUGGAUGGCCAGAUAUGCCGACUGAGUUGAUGGCGUGGCAGUAUGGGGCCAUCUCUCCUACCCCGAUUCCACUAGAGCCUCCGAUGCCCAGUGAUCGAUACGCCAUUGAUCCUGACUCACCGCUGCCACAUCGAGGGUAUAUGGAGGAGGUGGUUGGACUGGUGGCCACACUCGAGGGCAUGGUCCUGCGUAGGGAGGCACAGUUGUCUGUCGCGGGCAUUCAGAUGCCUUCAUGGUCCGGUCAGCCGCAGGCCAGGCCACCUGGGCCUCCUUGGGGAGCUGGGUCAUCUGGGCCUUUUCAGGGAGUUGGGUCACCCGGGCCUUUUCAGGGGGUGGGGCCAUCUCGGCCUUCCCGAGGAGCCGGGCCAUCUAGGCCUUUUCGAGGAGCUCGAGGAGGGCCUGUCUGCAGACGCAGGGCUCAUGUUGUAGAGGUGGAGCCUGAUGAGGAGGAUGAGGAUGCUGAGGAGGAGGAGGAGGCUACCGAUCGUCAGUCAGAGACAUCUGCUGAGGAGGGGGGCUCCGGUUUCGGCUCGGGGAAUAGAGGCGAGGCUGAGGGGGAUCCUGAGGAUGACAGCUCCGACUCAGAUGAUGAUGAUGGUUCGGAGGUUGUCCCGCAGAAGAGGAUGAGGAGCGCUUCUCGUUCCCGCUCCCGAGGACAUUGAU